UGCGGCGCAGCCUUUAGUCUAAGUCGUGUACAGUCUUUAACCCGCGGAUUUACAGGCAUCAAUUGACAUAUAUUUCUGCCAGGGGUAUUUUUUUCCCCACUGGUAUAUUUUCUAAACAUGAGGUGGUUUGUGUCCCCAAAGAUGGUCUAACUAAAGUCUCUGAUCUGUGAAGCAGCAGCUGCCCGCUAGCACUGAGCCAGGAUGUCUAGUAGCUCAGGCUACCCCCCCAGCCAGGGGAGCUUCAGCAGCGAGCAGAGCCGAUACCCACCACAUUCUGUCCAGUACACCUUCACAGGCACACGCCACCAACAGGAUUACACCGUCGCAGACUAUCGGACUCACAUGCAGGAUCCCCAGGGUCGGAGAAGACCAUCUUUAUUGUCUGAAUUCCACCCCGGAACUGAAAGGCCUCCAGAGAGACGGCAUGGUUAUGAACAGCAGUUUCACACCAUCACAUCCCAGCCUGAGCAUGAAGCCUUGGAGGCUAAACGUCCUCGCAUGGAGACUGUUGCCGAGGCCCACAUCACCCGCACCCCUCCCACUGCUGGGGGUAUUGUCUUGCCCAUGCCCCAUACAGUACAGGACAACUUAAGAGCCACUGUAGAGGUCAAAAAGGAGUCUCAGUUCACUGUCAAAAUGGAGUCCCCAUCCCCAGGAGGACCUACACUAAAUAUGGGGGAAGAGCAGGACACUUCUCCCUCUAAACUGUCCAAGGAGGAGCUGAUCCAGAGUAUGGACCGUGUGGACAGAGAGAUUGCUAAAGUGGAGCAACAGAUUUUCAAGCUGAAGAAAAAGCAGCAACAACUGGAGGAGGAAGCAGCAAAGCCAGUGGAGCCAGAAAAGCCAGUGACCCCACCCCCUGUGGAGCACAAGCACCGCAGCAUAGUCCAGAUCAUUUACGAUGAGAACAGGAAAAAGGCAGAAGAAGCCCAUAAAAUAUUGGAAGGUCUUGGUCCCAAAGUUGAACUGCCUUUAUACAAUCAGCCAUCAGACACAAAGGUGUAUCAUGACAACAUCAAGACCAACCAAGUCAUGAGGAAGAAGCUGAUUUUGUUUUUUAAGAGGAGAAACCACGCUCGUAAACAAAGGGAACAGAAGAUCUGCCAGCGCUAUGACCAGCUGAUGGAAGCGUGGGAGAAAAAGGUGGAGCGAAUGGAAAACAACCCUAGACGCAAAGCCAAGGAGAGCAGGACACGGGAGUACUAUGAAAGGCAAUUCCCUGAGAUCCGCAAGCAGAGAGAGCAGCAGGAGCGCUUCCAGAGGGUUGGACAAAGAGGAACAGGCCUCUCUGCAACAAUUGCAAGAAGCGAGCACGAGAUUUCUGAAAUCAUAGAUGGUCUUUCUGAGCAGGAGAACAAUGAGAAACAGAUGAGACAGCUGUCAGUCAUUCCCCCCAUGAUGUACGACUCUGAGCAGAGGCGAGUGAAAUUUAUCAACAUGAAUGGGCUGAUGGAUGACCCAAUGAAGGUGUACAAAGCCCGGCAGUUCAUGAAUGUUUGGACCGAACACGAAAAGGAGAUCUUUAAGGAGAAGUUUAUCCAACACCCAAAGAACUUUGGUCUGAUUGCAUCUUACCUAGAGAGAAAGUGUGUUGCUGACUGUGUGCUAUACUACUACUUAACCAAGAAGAACCACAACUAUAAGACACUGGUGAGGAGAAACCUUGGAAGACGGAGAGGGAGGAAUCAGCAAAUAACACGUCCCUCACAAGAAGACAAGUCAGAAGACAAAAAUGAAGAGGACAAAUCUGACAAGUCUGAGAAAAAAGAGGAUGAGGAAAAGAAGGAUGAGGAAGAGAAAGAUGAAAAGGAGGAUUCUAGGGACAUUGUCAAGGACAAAGACAAGUGUGACGGUGGGGAGGACGAGGACGUAAAGGAGCAAAAUACGCCACGUGGCAGGAAGACUGCCAACAGCCAGGGCCGCCGAAAGGGAAGGAUCACCACACGCUCCAUGGCAAAUGAGGCCGCAUCUGUAGCAGCUGAGGAAGCACCUCCUCCUGCCCCUGAGCCUGCCUUGCCAGAUCCUCCACAGCUCCCUAAACCUGAUCCAGCACAGAAGGCCAUGAAGGAGCCUGUAAAAGCGCAGACGCCAGUAGCUAACAUUGAUGCUAAUAAAGCGGGUGCUGGUGAAGCUGGAGAAACUUCUCGCUGGACCGAGGAGGAGAUGGAGGUCGCCAAAAAAGGGCUAGCUGAGCAUGGGCGCAACUGGACAGCCAUUGCCAAAAUGGUGGGCACCAAAAGCGAGGCGCAGUGCAAGAAUUUCUAUUUCAAUUACAAGAGACGUCACAACCUGGACAACCUGCUCCAGCAGCAUAAGCAGGAUACACGGCGGGCUCGCGCUGAUAGGUCUCAAGGUGAAGGUCUAGCCACAGCAUCACCAGAUGAUGAUGAGGACAACGGAGAUGACAGUGAAGGUGGUGACAACAGCUCUGAUACAGAAAGUGCCCCCUCCCCCUCUCAGGCUGAUUCCUCAAAGUCUUGUGACUCCAAGAGGGCAGACAGUGCUGCAGGAGAUGCUUUGUGCACUGACCAGGACAAAUAUCAGGACAGCAAUGGAAAGGCCCCAGAGCCCUCAUAUGUGGAUCUCUGUAUCAAGGAAGAGAAAAGCCCAGAGAGUGAGGCUGGAUCUCAGGAGGAAAAGGCCAGGGUGGCCUCUUAUGCAGGCUCACUGCAUCCCAAAACGGAACCUCAGGAUGUGGAUAUGAAGACUGGAGAUGUUCAGGUCAAGAUGGAGCCUGAGAUCAAGGAGAAAGGAGAAAAGGGAGAUCAUGGUGAGAGACAGAAGGAUCUCAAUUCAGAUAAUGACUCCAGUGCCACCUGCAGUGCUGAUGAGGAUGUGGAAGCAGAGCCUGACAGACAGAGAAUAUUCUCCAUGGAAAAGCCUUCAUUGCUCAGCCCUCCAGGCUCGGUGCUUGUGUCCUCACCCAAGCAAACCCAAUUCAACAUCCAGCAGAUGCAACAGCGGGCAGCUGCUAUCCCACCCAUGGUGCCUGGUCCUUAUGGCCCUGGUGGUGUGCCCAUCAGUGGUUUUGCCAUGUUGCAACACCAGAUCAAAGCUGUGCAUGAGUCUGCACACCAGGAGGAGAAGCAGAGGCAGGAUCAGGGAGAGCUGGAACGCAGACCCCCUUUCAGCACACGGAGCCCCUCCGUACUUGACAGAGAUGGUCAGCUCUUAUCCUACAUGCCUUAUGACAUGAAGCUGGCUCUGGACCAGGAGGCCCACUCUGGCCGGCCAGGCUCUCCCUACAGACUCUCUCCCAGAGAGCUGAGCAAGGCCUCACCCCAGCCUGACCCCAACGCCCCCAAUGCUUCCCGCUACAGUGUGCCGCCAGUCCUCCACCCAGUCCCCAACCAGAUGAGCCAGGGCAUGCCAGAUGGAGUGCGCGUGCCAUUCAGCAGAUCCAGUCGACCUCCAAACAUUCCCUCUCCUCCUCCACUCAUUCCAACCACCAAGCCGGCGGACAAGCCAUCCUUCAUCCAAGGAGGCUCCAUCUCCCAGGGAACUCCUGGCACAUACCUCCCAUCCCAUGUAGUCUACGGACCAGAGGGGACUAAGAGCACUGUGGGCUCCAUCUCGCUGGGUCUGCCUCGACAGCAGGAUCCCAACAAGCCCGUUCCAUCCAUACAGGAUGGCAGAGGCAACCCAGCAAAAGUGGGCGAGAGCUUGGCUUUUAGAGGAUCGAUCACUCAGGGCACACCAGCCCUGCCCCAGACCAGCAUUGCCGCUGACCUCCUGAAGGGCACAAUCACAAAGCUGGCCACAGCGGACCCGAGCAGCCCAGAGAAGGCCAGAGGAGAACAGCUGACUAAAGGUCAUGUCAUCUAUGAAGGCAAGAUCGGUAACAUACUCUGCUUUGAUGCUAUCAAGAACCCCAGGGAAAACACCCGCAGCCCCAGAACAGGCCAUGACAUGAAACGCACUUACGACAUGAUGGAGGGACCCAUGGGCAGGGGACACCCUGUCAGGGAAGGUGCUCCAUUUGAAGGGUUAAUUAGCAGAGCUUUGCCCAGAGAAGGUCUCCAUGGAGAUUCCAAGGAAAGACCAGUGAUCACUGGAUCAAUCAUGCAAGGAACACCGAGAACCACUGCAGAAACCUAUGAAGAUACCAUGAAAUAUGGAAAACAGAUAAAGCGAGAGAGCCCACCAAUUCACUCCUUUGAAGGUGGUAUUGGCAAAGGCAAGCCCUAUGAGGGAGUCAAUACCAUCAAAGAGAUGGGGCGCUCCAUUCAUGAAAUUCCCCGGCAAGACCAGGCUGGCCAGGCCAUCUGCAAGACCCCUGACUUGUCAGACAGGAGAGUUAUGGAGGGUUCCAUAUCUCAGAUUCACUGCCUUAACCAGCCAACUAUCAAGCACAAUGUAAAAUCCCUUAUCACCAGUCCCACUAAGCUUUCCCACAGUAUGCCCCAGCUGGAGGCCAUGGAACGAGCCAAAUACGAGGAGAGCAAAGCGGUACGCCACACAUCUGUGGUCAACUCCACCACCUCCGUCCUGCGCUCAACACACCAGGAGGCUGGCAAAUCUCAGCUUAGCCCGGGCAUGUAUGAGGAUGCCAAUGCUCACAGGACCCCUGUCAACUACAGCACCAAUCCUGUUUCCAGAGGAUCGCCCAUGCUAGGACGUGCUUCAGAGGGUGGCAUGAGCUCUGCAAAAUCUGUGGCACAUGAAAGAAAGAGUGCCAUGACUCCCACACAGAGGGACAGUGUCCCAGCCAAGUCUCCUGUAUCAGUUAGUGAUCCUGUAGCCUCUCAUAGCCCCUUCGACCCCCACCACCGGUCCGUUGUUCCUGGGGAAGUGUAUCGAUCCCACCUGCCUCCACAUCUCGAUCCCGCCCUGGCCUUUCACAGAGUACUGGAUCCUGCGUUCAUGUUCCCUAGGCAGCCGUCCCCAAACAGCUACCACAACACGUACCAGCUGUACACCAUGGAGAACACACGACAGACCAUCCUCAACGAUUAUAUCACUUCUCAGCAUAUGCAAGCCAUCCCUCGGCCUGACAUGGCCCGAGGGUUGUCACCACGGGAACAGUCCGUUGCUAUCCCUUACACGGCCGGAGCUCGAGGGAUUAUUGAUCUAGCCCAGAUGCCUCCAACUAUCCUGUUGCCUCACCCUGGGGGAACAGGUACUCCCACUUUGGAACGCAUCGCCUACCUCCCUGGAGCUCAGCCCCCUUUCCCUCCUAGGGCUUUCAACCCAACCUCCAUAUCACCAGGCCACCAAGCCCACCUUGUUGCUGCUGCCAGUGCAGAGAGGGAACGGGAGAGGGAGCAUGACAGGGAGCAGCAGGAGAAAGAAAGAGAAAGGGAACAGCGGGAAAGAGAGAGGGAGCGGGAAAUGCGAGAACGAACCAAUGAAUACAUUCGUGGAGGUGGGCCAGAGCAGCCAGGCCGGCCAGGAAGUCGAGGUUAUCUGCACUCGCCUUCUCCCUCACUCAGGACGCAGGAUGUAACAGUAGACUCCAGAUUGUCAGACUAACAAACCAUGUCUUACAACUGAACCCCAUGAGAAAUAUAAUUAAUGCCAUCUGUUGCUUUUCUCAUCAGGCCCCAUUCAGCAGCAGCGGCACAGGGUAGCUCUCGCUACAGCACUGCAGCUGAUGCCCUGGCUGCGCUGGUGGACGCUGCAGCCUCUGCCCCGCAGAUGGACGUGACGAAGGUGAAGGAGAGCAAACAUGAACGGGACGAUGACAUGUCUUCGUCAGCUGCACCUCGGCGAGCAGCCAGCCUCUCCGAACAGCAGCAACAGGAGGCAGAAAGACGAUCCAUGCAGUCACCAUAUGAUGCUAUGUCUCUGCCAGUAGGUAAGCCCCAUCCAGCUUACUCUGAGGGCCCUGGCAUCGGGGUUAAGGAUAAGGGCCCUCAAACCUCAAAGUCCCGUAUCGAAGAGGAGCUUCGGACUCGUGGAAAGACGACUAUCACAGCCGCUAACUUCAUUGAUGUCAUCAUCACACGGCACAUAGCCUCUGACAAAGACUCACGAGAGCGAGGCUCUCAGAGCUCUGACUCCUCUAGCAGCUUGACAUCUAGUCGAUAUGACAAUACUGGUGGAGGGGCCAUUGAGGUUAUCAGUCCUGACAGUUCCCCAGUCCAGCCACAACAGGACAAACCAGAAGAUGGGCAACAACAGGCAGCAGCUGGCAUGCGGGCUUACGACGUGAGUUGUUACCGUCCAUCAGGCGAGCCAACACAGCCCAGUUCCCAGCAGCCCGCCUCCUCGCAUGCAGACAGCUACUCGCAGGUCCCCAAGACUCACCGGGUCAUGACUUUGGCAGACCACAUUUCGCGUAUUAUAACCCAGGACUUUGCCCAGAAUCAAGACCCUCCUGCAGUUUCCUCAUCUUCAUCCACAUUCCAGAGCAUGGUGCCACCCUUGUCCCCUUCAGGUCGAGCCAAGGUGCCCAGCCGCUACAGUCCUGAAAACCAGGUUCAGGCCUCACACCACCAGAGACCUUCCAAUAGAAUUUCACCAGAGAAUGCCCCUGACAAGCCCAGGGCCAGGCCUGGUAAGUCUCCAGAGCGAGGAGGCCGCCCAAUAGAGAACUAUGAGCCCAUCUCUCCACCUCAGAGCUACCAAGGCAUGGACAAACAGGAUGCUGGUGGGCCUCCACUUCAGAGGCGAGAGGCUGACAACUCUGAGCUCAGGAGUGAUUCAAGGUCCCCAGGGAGUCUCAGCUAUCUGCCUUCCUUCUUCACCAAACUGGAGAACACCUCGCCAAUGGUGAAAUCGAAGAAGCAGGAGAUCUUCCGUAAGUUGAACUCCACCUCUGGUGUUGGUGAUUCUGAUGUUGGAAGUGCACAACCAGGCACAGAGAUUUUCAACUUGCCUGCUGUUACCACCUCCAGCAGCAUCAACCCCAGGAAUCACUCCUUUGGUGACCCAGCCGGCAACCUGGGCCUGGAGGACAUCAUCCGCAAGGCCUUGAUGGGCAACUUGGAGGAAAGACAGGAGGAGCAACAGGGAGCUCAGUGCGCAAUUAACACUGCACCCAGCACAGGUGGUGACACCCACCAGGAGGCCAACCCAUCACCCAGUAUGGGGAAACAGAAGCAGGGCAAAGCGAACAGCCGGAAAUCCAAGUCACCUAACCUGGGUCAGGCCUAUGCUGGAGAACGUCCUUCUUCGGUGUCCUCUGUCCACUCUGAGGGAGAUUAUCACAGACAAGCACAGGCCCAACCCCAGUGGAACUGGGAUGACCGACCCUCAUCCACAGGAUCCAUGCAGUUCCCUUAUAAUCCGCUGACCAUGCGCAUAUUAAGCAACACACCACCCACCUCCAUAGCCUCCCCCUCAAUUCAGAGCCAGCAGCAGCAGCAGCAGCAGCAGCCGCCACCCCCCGCUGGGGCCCCCCUGGUAUGGCAGUCUCUGCUGUCAGAGCAAUAUGAGACCCUGUCUGACAGUGAUGACUGA